GUGCGUGUUUGUGUGUGUUCCACUGUUCUCCACUAAACUCUUAAGUAGGAUUUUAGAGUCCCCCCCUCUCUGCCCCAGCGUCCAGGUUCUGCGUUACGGCCCUGUGUUUGCUGUCAGAGCGCAGCGCACAGAGCUCCUUCUGCGGCUCCACAACUCAGAUGGCUGCUGCACAGAUUUGUGACAUUCAUCUUAAUAUUAAUAAUUAUAAUGGCAUUUAGUUGCGCAGCUUUACGUACUCGUUCAUUCGCGGUUGUUUUCACGUUUAUUGCGAGGUUCAUAUUAGUCUCAAUGUUUGCGGUUUGUUGUAGCGCAACGCGAAGCUCGACGUCAUUCACAGCAAAUAUAUUAACUUGACAUUAACAAAAACACAGCAGGAUGGAUCAUCUGGGAAACGAUGGACAGGGAGAGUCUGACUAAAACUAAUUGGAGGUCAGACAAGUUCUGGGGUUUAUGUCUGCUUAUUUCCAAGCCCAAAAACCGCAGCCCGCGACUCAUUACAUUUGCUAGAGACUUUUAAAAAAACGAGCCCAAAGCCGUUUAUAAUAAUCGGACUUGGCGACCGAAACUCAAAAUAGUUCCCGUUUUUCCAGCAACAAAAUGCCCAGCUCCCUCCAUUGUUUACAAUUCUGUCGCUGCUGAUACUGUCGCAUAGAAACGGCGGUCGCUCCCCAAGACGCACAAAGGCAAUAAAGUUACAAAAGAAAAUAGUAACGCAAAGUGGUUUCGAUAAGUAACUGUAGUCUGACUACUGGAUUUGAAAUAGUAACGCGUUAGAUUACUUGUUACUGAAAAUAGUGGUCCGUUACUAAGUAACGUGUUACUGACAUCACUGGAUAUAACAUAUGCAGGAUGGGAGACUGCAUUAAUUACUGUUUGGUAAUCAAACAUUCAAGUGACGUUUGAUUGCUAUUGUCUGUUAAAACAUUUCUCCCUCUAGACAGAUAUUUCUUAAUAUAUCUGUGUAGGUGUUUAAUCUGUUUUUCUUUGUAGUAAAAGAAACUGUUUCAAUGUGUUAUAUGAAUUGUAAAAAAAAAAAGAAGUAUAGGUCUGUUGUGGGAAUUUAGUGAAAUCCUGAUUUAACAAUUUGGGGAGAGUAUAACUUCACAUAGGAUCAGGUUUGUUUUUUUCCCCUUUAAUAGAUAAAAUAAUCUAAAGUAAACUGACUGCAGGGUUCACGAAUGUUUUCUCAGUCUUAUAUUUUUUAAUCUCAAUCAUGUAACAAAAAUGUUGAUAUUACAUUUAUGUGUAUUUAUAUUUCUACAUUCAUAUGUGUUUGUCCUAUGGCAAAUACUUGUGUUUGUGACUGUUCAAGACUGAUUCAACCACCAGAGGACUUCCCCAAUACAGUACAAAACUGGCUCAAAAAGAACCGUUCAGUUUAAAAGAUGAUUCUCAGCGUCAUCCCGUCUCUCUGAUGCCACCAUAGGUUGCAGCGGGGUAGUUGGUAUUGGAUCUCCGGAGCGGAUUCAUUAUACUGGCCCGUUCUCCCUCCAAUCCACGGCCUGCUCGCCCAGACUGGCACACCCACCCAGCCGUCAGCGAGGGGAGAGUCAUGUGGGCCUUCCGGGCUUCCUGGUCCUCAGCUCCGCCUCGCGUUGGUUUGGCCGGACAGGGGGAAACACUUCACAGUUAAAGAACAAAAGCAGCAACGGACCGACCGAGGGGGAGGAACAAACGGCGACUCACAUUCAGCCUUUUAAUCUCCCGAGUUGGAUAUUUGUGUCCCUGACCGAGAAUUAACCAGCGAUUGAACUCCUGCGGCUGGGGACAAACUUGGUUGCGUCGUAUCUUUGAAUCCUGACUGUAAUCCGUCGAGGUGCUUGGUAAAAAAUAAGACAAGGGUCAGCCAAAUAGAUGGACGGUAUUGUUUCCUCGCUCGGUGCCUCCAACUUCGAUCAUAUAUACCCUAGUAGUGUGGAGUAGGCUCGGGUUUUCUGGUUUACGUGUCACCAGAACGGACCCUGGGGAUAAAGGGGUAUUUCGGCAAUUUCGGUUUCUGUUGCCAUAUCCUUUCCUGUGAAGAGGCCUCUCUCAUCUCUCAGGACUGAGAAACUUGGAAGUGAAACAAAAGCCUGACCAGCUAGGAUGGCGGAACAUAUUUUGAUAGCCGACAUGGCGUCGUAUACCGAACGUAACGGCAGAGACAGACGACUUGUGGACCUAGAUGAGCCUUUUGAAGUGGAUAUGACGGAGCCAGAGCGUGAAGAAAAGGCAGAGACCAAACGCUCUUCCAAGAAAUUGCGGCACUCCCCCAGCUCAGCAGAAAGCAGUGCCAGUGGCGUGGCUAGUUUCACCACCAACCAUAACUCUGUAGUGUGCCUGCCUCUGGUCUCAGAGGGGCUCAAACUGGUAUGGACCCAGUCCAAUCAGACCCGAGAAUUGGACUCAAUCCCAGAACUUGUCAAUGCCUUUAACUUGUUUCCAUACCCAUCGUCCAAAGAGGUUAGCACACUGGCUCGGGUCUGUGUGUUGCCACUGGACAAAGUUAAGGUGUGGUUCAUGGUGCAGAGGAUUAAAUAUGGCAUCAGCUGGUCUUCUGAAGAGAUAGAGGAGACAAGGAGGAAGUUGGCUGUGCCUGAGCUUUGUGAGGACUCCGCUGAAACAAACGGAGCCAAUUUAAAAACCAAGAGCAAAAACUUGGACGAAGAAAAGGACAGCGAUGAGGAAGAGUGUGAUCUCAUUGGUUUUGUACCUGAAACAAAGAUGGCAAAGUGUGAGUCUCCAGAUUCACAUAAAUCUACUCCUCCAUGUUUUAGGUCCAGUCUCCCACCUCCUCAGGAUUCAUAUUUCUACCGCUCACCAGCAGACACUCCAGCGACCACAACAGCUGAUGCCUCCCCUGACCUCUCAGAGUCCUCUUCGCAACAGUACCGGCACGGGCGCUACAAAAAGUCAAAAGCUCAACUCGCUGCCCUGCGCAAAAGCUUCCUAAGAGAGAACUGGCCUGCAGAGCCUGAGCUCAAGCGUUUGCAGGAAGAAACGGGUCUGAGCCGCAAUGACAUUCGCAAAUGGUUCAGUGACAGUCGUUAUCAGCUAAGAGUGGGUCGUGGAAGCCUGGCAGCAGCCCAGACCUUUUCUCACCAGGCUUCUGUUGGGAGUAAACAUGAACCACAAUCUCAAACUCAGCCUCUUUCACUUACUAACCAAAAAUCUCGUCAAGUAAACGGGGUGAAAAGCCAUGAGGGAAGCCGGAAUAACGGGAUCAAAAAUUCACAUUUCUUUCAGACUUUUCUGUCAAACAGUCUAGAAGCAUUUGGGGAAAAGCUCCAAGAGCCACAAGCAAAUGACGUUAUAGAAGAACUUUCUGGAGAUACUUUCAAAGAGGAGCAAGAAACUGAAGAAGAGCCGCUACAGUUGACCAAGACCUGCAAGAUUGAGCCAGAAGUUGUAGAGUUAAAGUCUUCUCCUUGCUCUUCCCCCUCUCGCACUCCACCGCCUACCGCCUCCCCCACCAAAACAUAUUCACACAGAAUCCGUGCAUCAAAGAAGUCGGUGCAUUCAACUAAAGCCAGUCCUUCACAGACAACCACAUGCUUGUCAGGCGCUUCCACGUCCACAUCCCCUGCACUCACUCCUGCAGGACGUCCUCGAAAGACCAAGGAGCAGUUGGAUGUGUUAAAGCAGCACUUUUUGAAGUGCCAGUGGCCCACAAGUGAGGAAUACACUGAACUCGUCAAAUUCACAGGUUUACCCAGGGCGGAUGUUAUUCAGUGGUUUGGCGACACUCGCUACGCCGUCAAAAAUGGCCAGUUGCGCUGGGUGAAAGGCGUCCGCGAGCAGUUCUUGGCAGAACUUGCUGCCCAGCAAAGCGGCAGCGGCCUGUCGAACGGCACUGGAACAUCAACUCGUGGCGGGGGAGGGCGCAAACGAAAACUAAGCAGAGCAAGUACAGAUUCUCCCGAUAUCCAGCCACUGGUAUCAUAUUACCUUACGACAGGCACACUAAAUGAAAAAGACCUUGAUCUACUAUGCAAGAAAUCAAGAAUGAGCUACCAGCAAGUGCGAGACUGGUUUGCGGCUCAAGAAGUUGGGGAAACUGAUGAAGAAAUUGUUGUGGCUUAGGACCUUUUUCUAAAAAAAAAAAAAAAAACAAACAAAAAAACUCAUCUGCCCACCCCCUCACACACACCCACACAUCUUUAACACAACAGAUGUGAUUAUUGCUGUGGUUCAUGUUGCUUUAAUUAAGGCAGGUUUGUAAAAUCCAGUCUUCCCUAAACAAGCCCAAAGUGUGGUUUGUGUAUUUUUUUUAUAUAGAUAUGCUGCAUUUCCUGUUUAUUCUAAUAUAUUUAGAUCUGAAUUAUAUUUCUACUGGCUCAGUUGCUGUAAAUAGAACAGUAACCUCUACACUGGGUUGCUAUAUUUUUGACCUCCUUUUCGUUUAGAUAUCACUACAGUUGUUUUUUUUCUAAUGUAUUCUAUUUGUAGCAGUAUAACAUAAUCAGGUAACUAGCUGUAGAGCCAGAAAAAAAACGGCUACACUGACAAACUAUUGACUGAUCAUUCCUUUCUAGCCAUUAUAUUGUAUUCAUGAAAAGCACACUGGACUUGCUCCUUAUAAUAUAACAUCUUGCACUUUGGUUUUCCAACCUGCUGCCCCGAUGCUAAUAAUAUACUAGUAUUUCACAAUCUAUACUCCUGAUUAGUGUCAUUAUUUUUACUCCUUGCUGUAGAACUUGUUUUAAAACAACAGCACGGUACAUCUCAUAUGUGUAAUGCAUUUCCGAAACAUUUCCUAAAUUGCUCCUCACUCUGUGGAGGUGUUUUACUUACCAUUUGAAUGCCUUGUCAUUUGCAUUCUGCAGCAUGUUUCGAACAGUAAAGGUUGAACCGGGUUGCAGGAAUUACAUCGUUGCAUAGAUUGCAGAAUUGCUACAUUUCUAGACGAUGAGUUAGUUAGCAUUUCAUAGGCAUAGGGUGUCAUUUUAUAGUUUAAAAUGUGGGCAGAAGGUGGGUUUUGAAGUAGAAGCGAAAAUGAACCAAAAUCCAAAGACUGGUAACAUUUCACACAGAGUGACAGAACAAUAUAAUCGGGGUCAUACGUUCACAAUAUUUAAGUACUUCUUGUUGACUUUAGAAAUUGAUGUCGGCUUUAAAUGGAGUUCAGCUCUUUGCAAACUUCGUCCAAAGGUCAAACAGCCAGAAACUCGACAAAGUGGCAUGUAUGACUAAAGUUUUUCCUCCUGUUGCUCAUGAAAAGGUAACGCAACUGUCAUGCUGUUGAUGUAAAUCUGUACAUGUAAAGUCUUCAAGUUUAUGUUAUUGUAUUUUUUUUCCUGUUUUAAAAAGAGAAAAUCUCAUUUGCACAAUUGUGUCACUGGAAAAUAGCUAAGUGUUUUUGCCAUUAUAAUCAAGUGUACAAAGAUUUGUUUGUGUGUGUUAUGAAUACAGACACCUGUGACGA